AUGAUUAAAAUACUUAUUUUAAUAGGUAUUUUUUGUACCUACAUUUAUCAUUGUUCAUUUUAUAGAGAUGCGGUCAACGAAGUAUCACUACAUCCUUUGACUGACGUUUAUACCCAACAAUUGCAAGCUUUGAACUUAACUGUUCGUAGUCCUAUUAGAGUUAACAAGCAAUUAAUUCAUGGAAGAUUCUUACAUAUAACUGACAUUCACCCAGAUUUGUACUACAAGGAAGGAUCAAAUGUGGAUCAAUUGUGUCAUAAAGGGGAAGGAACAAGUGGUAAAUAUGGUGAUGCCAUCUUGGGUUGUGAUUCUCCUAUUAUUUUGAUGGCUGAAACUAUCAAAUGGAUUGAAAGAAAUUUGAAAGAUAAAAUUGACUUCAUCAUUUGGACAGGAGAUAAUGUUAGACAUGAUAAUGAUAGAAACUUCCCAAGAACUGAGCUCAAUAUCUUUGAUAUGAAUCAAAAUGUGAGUGAUAUUAUGUAUGAAGCUUUCAAAAAUCCCGAUACUUCAAAUCCAAGAAAUUUAUUGGUUGACUUAAUUCCAAGUUUAGGUAAUAAUGAUGUUUAUCCACAUAACUUAUUUGCUCCAGGUCCAACUUUGCAAACAAGAGAAAUGUAUAAGAUUUGGUCACCUUUCAUCCCCCAAAAUCAAUUACAUAUUUUCAACCGUGGAGCUUAUUUCUUUAGAGAAAUUAUUCCAAACCAAUUGGCUAUAUUAUCCAUAAACACAUUAUACUUAUUCCAGUCCAAUCCCUUGGUUGAUAAUUGUGAUAGAAAGAAAGAUCCAGGUUAUAAAUUAUUCGAAUGGUUAGGAGUAGUUUUGAAAGAAAUGAGAGCCAGAAAUAUGAAAGUUUGGCUUUCUGGUCAUGUUCCACCAAAUGAAAAGAACUAUGAUAUCAGUUGUUUGAGGAAAUAUAUCAUUUGGACCUAUGAGUUCCGGGAUGUCAUUAUUGGAGGACUUUAUGGACAUAUGAACAUUGAUCAUUUUAUCCCAUUAGAUGCUAAAGCUGCUUAUAAAUCGUUGAAAGAUCUGAGAAAGGAUAAAAAGGGUAAAGCUAAAGGUUUAGAUUUUGAAUCCUUCGAAUUAGACGAUGAUUAUGAUGACAUUGAUUUUGAAGAUAUCGAAAUUCCUGAUUUCGAAAUAGACAUUGAAUCGAAUCAAUUUGAUGAUGAAUCAGAAGACGAUGAAGUUACUUUGAAACAACAAGAGCCAAUGAAAAUUCUUGGUGGUACUCCUAGAAAUAAAGUGGGAUAUUUGGAAUCUUUAAGGGAAGAAUAUUAUGCUUCAAUCAAAAAACGUCUGAAAUCAGGUGUUAAUGGUGAAAGAUAUUCGAUUGCUCACGUCACAGCAUCUGUGAUACCGACAUUCAAUCCUGGUCUAAGAGUAUGGGAAUAUAACACCACAGGUUUGGAUACUUUAUUAUCUACUUCAUCUAACUACGAAUCUUGGGAUUCAUUUUUCGAAGGGGUCGAUAAAUAUAUGGAAUAUUUAGAUUCAGUAGACGACAAUGACAAUCCUUAUACUGCAUUUGAUUAUUUCACUUUCAAAAAGGAUAAGACCAUACCUUCCAAGAAACCUGCUAACAUACCAUUAGGUCCAGCUUAUACUGACCAAACAUUCUCUCCUACCAGAUAUACACAAUAUUAUGCUGACUUGUCUGCUAUAAAUAAAGGAGAUAAACCAUUCAACUAUGAAUAUGAGUACAGUACCGAUGAUAAACAUUAUAAAAUGCAAAGCUUAUUGGUGAAUGAUUGGUUAAAACUCGGUAGAAAGUUAGGUAAACCAGUCAAAGACAAACAAAAGGGUACAAAAGUUGAUAAAAAAUUAGAAACUCUUUGGGGUAAAUAUUUGAAGCAUUCAUUCAUCGAUUCUGAUUAUGAAAAUUUAGGUUACGGUUAA